ACGCCCACCAGGUGAUUGGCGGAGGGCGACGAGCGCGCUGUUGCAACGUCAAACAUCGUCCCCCUAGUUGUGCCAUGCGCACUAACGGUUGUUGUUGUUGAGCUGGUUGUUAUGGCUGAACAAGGCCUCGGACUCAAUUGAGAGAGGACCCCCGCACCACCCCCGUCUCCGCCACGGGACACCUGGCACCCAUGGAGGGCACGGACAUGGACGUGGACGCGGAGCUCAUGCAGAAGUUCAGCUGCAUGGGCACCACGGACAAAGACGUCCUCAUUUCGGAGUUUCAGAGGCUGCUGGGCUUUCAGCUCAACCCUGCCGGCUGCGCCUUCUUCCUGGACAUGACCAACUGGAAUCUGCAGGCUGCUAUUGGUGCAUAUUAUGACUUUGAAAGUCCCAAUGUCAACACCCCAUCUAUGUCCUUUGUUGAGGAUGUGACAAUUGGGGAAGGAGAGUCUGUCCCUCCAGAUACACUGUUCACUAAGACCUGGAGGAUACAAAACACAGGUGCAGAGUCGUGGCCACCGGGCGUUUGUCUCAAGUACAUUGGAGGCGAUCAGUUUGGGCAUGUAAACACAGUUAUGGUGAAGUCACUAGAUCCCCAAGAAAUAUCAGAUGUGAGUGUGCAGAUGCGAAGUCCCACAACUCCUGGCAUGUACCAGGGCCAGUGGAGGAUGUGUACUGCCACUGGAUUAUUUUAUGGAGAUGUAAUAUGGGUGAUUCUUAGUGUAGAAGUUGGAGGUCUUCUUGGAGUGACUCAGCAGCUAUCUUCCUUCGAGACAGAAUUCAACACUCAGCCCCAGCGCAAUGUGCAGGGAGACUUCAACCCUUUUGCCUCACCACAGAAGAACAAGCAUGAUGCCACUGACAACAGCUUCAGAGAUCCAGGUGGAGCUUGGGAGCGCACGCAAGAGCCAAUCCAGCAAGAUCAGAAUGGACUGUCUCAUAAUGCUGUAAAUAGGGCGUCAAAUGGUCUCCAAACUAAUCUUUCUGUGGUAACUUAUGGACAGGGACCCUACCCAUUUGGACAGAGCUAGAAUGACAAAGACCCCUCUCCCCCAUGGUGAAUGAAGAGCUUAGCACCCUGGGAGUCCUUAAACACAGAGGAGUUGGAGGGGGGAGGAACAGUUGUUUUAUAUUGACUCAUGACAACCCUCUUCCAAAAACAACCCGUGGCCCUUUCCACAGAAACACAGAGGACAGUGAAGUGAUGGAUUACAUCAGCUGCAGUGAAACAUCCCACCUGACAUCAAACCUGGAUUCGCAUGUGUGAAUGCUUCAUUUAAGAGUGCUAUAAACCUUUACGAAUAGAUACACCUGACUAUUUUUUAUUUACGUGGUAAAAACGUGCCUAGUUAAAGUGAAAGUCACCCUAAACAGUUUGGUAUUCCCGUGGGCAGUUGAAUGCUUUCUCUCUUUGGGGUUCCUACCCAGGUCUAGAAAUAUUAUUAUUAUUGUUAUUUUUUUUUUAUUUUUUUUUUUUUUUAAAUAUGUUAGAGUAGUACAGGAAAUUCUAGUGGUCAUUCAUGUUGAGGCUUUAAACAGUGUUUCAAAGAAGGCUCAGAAUUGAACAAAAAAAGGUGUUGUCUUUUAUUCACCAUACCCCUCAAAAAAAAUGUAAAAAAUCUAAAUGUGCAGAAGUUUCAAACUCCUUUAGGUAAAACACAGAAGCAGAAAACUACACAUAAGAAAGGAAAGAAAGAAAACAUGCACAGGUCUUUGCCAGCUCUGGAAAAUCAUCACUUAAGUGCGUACAAAAAUGUAAGCCUCAAAGUUGCAUUCAUGUAUGAGAGAGAUGGGAAUCUUUCCCAUCAUCAACCAAUUUUACAUCACCAGACAACUAGUAGUAAUGGAUAUGGCGAUGCCAUGUUUAAAAUGUAACACUAUAUCCAAAGUGCCCCUGUUAUGCUCAUUUACAGCCUGUAUUGUUUUAUAUGAUUUCAGUGUUCAAAAUAAUGUUCACAUUUUUGGCACACUCGCAUCUUUUUGAGGUCUCUCUCAUGAAAAGCGAGGAAACCGUCUGAAAGCUGUUGACUGCUAACAAAAGGUUUUUAAAACUGUUAGAAAUACAUUGUAUCGCUUCUGCCUUUUACUUUGACUCAUCAGCACAGCUGUUGUCUUCUAGCUAUGAUAAUGCUGAUCGUCGCAGUUAAAACGCAAGGAUUUUUAGCCUUGUGAAAAAUGGCUGAUUAGUCCUGUACUGUGCUGUGUUUGUGUCACUAUUACAUGUAUGAAAUGUGUAAAUGAGGACUGCUUUUUUUGGAGUUGGAAUAAUUGAGUUUGGCCUUUUUAACUCUGCAAGCUAUUUAUAUGCACAGAAGAUAUGUAACACACUGGAGGGAAGGAGAAAGCACAAUAGGGGCACUUUAAUUUUGGCUUUGGCAACAAUCAAUAUCUGACUUUGGCUAAAGUGAGUCGUCCGUAUUUGUUUGGUUAAAGCUCCAAAAAUAUGGGAGCUUUUAGAAAAAUCACACACUUCCAUUUGUGAUUCAAAUUUUAAGAAAUUCACAAACUGGAAACUUGAAAUUCUCAAAACUCCAAUAUGACUCCAGCAGUUACUGCAUUGCAGCAUGACACUUUCCCCCCUGCUACGACUUGGCUUGUUAGACUGAUUGCUCCACAUACAGUCACUUUUUUUUCCUUUUCUUUGCAGUCCUUGAUUUGAGUUUAGUACUCAUCUUUGAUAAUUUGGAGAUUUUAUGUUCUGCUGUCAUACAGAUUUGGACUGUAAGAUGGCUUGGAUGCUUGUAACAGAAGCCGUUUUCUCUCGUUACUACAGUUAACUUCAAACUAAGCAGGGUUGGACUUUGUGAAUCCAGGAUGCCACAUGCAUUUGACUUGUGUUGUCUGACAAAAUAUCUACAGAAACAAGUCUUAUUGUCCAAGUUUACAUAGACUAUUAAAAACUAAGACUUCCUGCCCUUCUGCAUAUAAAUAUUUGUAAUUCUUGUGUAGGAACCCAGUUUCUUCCAAAGACAAAAUCCAGAGAGACCAGACACAAAUGGGUGGCAUCAUCCGCUGCAUAGUCUGCAGGUGCAUAAUUGAAACUGCAUGGGACAAGGGUGGAGUUUAUUUUAUUAUUAUUAUUAUUUUUGUUUGUUUUAUUUUGUUUAGGGUGGGUUUCGCUUUUAAUGGAGGCUGAAGCGCAAAUGGAUGUGAGUAAGCUUGAAUAUGUGAGUUGUGAGGAAAGGUUGAUAAAGCCAUCUAAAUCUAUUUUGCCUGGUGAAUGACUGUAGUAUCUGAGUCCAUGUCUACAGCACAUGUACUGAGUGUGUAUAUAUAUAUAUAUAUAUAUAUACAUAAUGUAUGUAUGUAUGUGCCUGCGUGGUGCGUGUGUGCGUGUAAAUGUUAAUGGUUUCUCUUUGGAUUGAACUGACAUAAAUGGUGUAUACUACUUGGGGAAAGGAUGACUUGACACAUGCACAUCAUUACUGACAGAGCUUUAAUAAGUGUGUACCUCAGAAGUAUUUUUGAGUGAUUCUGCACCAAAAAUUCACACAUCAAAAAUUUCCCAGAUGUUAUUUAUUUUGUCUUUCUGUCUGUGCUGCAGAUUUAAUAAUUCCCAUUCGUAGCCAGCAGGUGGUGCUAAAAAUCAGAAGACCAAACUACACCAGACUUCUUGUGAGUGCUGAGUAUACUGUAUGAGGGGGGAAAAGUGAUGAGUUGUAGUGUGAGCCUAGCAGAUUGUCUGAAGAAAUGUAGAUGUUUGUUAUCAGCAUUGUUAGCACUGAGGGUCAGUUGAGGUUUUCUUUGGCUUAUUGUGGAUUGUGACACCAGCAUUUCCCCCCUCCUCAAAAUAUUUUAUUGAUUUGUGUAUUCCUCACAGCUUCAGGUUUUUGUUUUUAUAUAUCCUGAAAUGAAAGGUUUCAGUGUUAAACACUAGUUUCAUUCCUGCACCAGUGUCUGAUGUUGAACGUGAAGGUUAAUGUAUGGUUUUUGGGUUUGUUUUUUUCUCUUCUGAUCACAUGAAUGAGUUUGUCUGCUGUUACACCUGAAUUUCUACUUCAGCUUUGCUACCUUCAUUAUGUCCAUUGUUUUGUUUUGUUUUUUGUUUAGUUUUUUUCUGUGUAUCUUUUUGGCCUAAAAAUAAAAUGGGUGGUCCAUAGAACGCCAUUAUAGUGUUACAGUUUUUAUAAGGAAGUGUUCAAACAGGAUUAUUAGAAACUUUUAAUAUUUUGAUUUUAAAGUCCUUUAAACAACUUUUGAUGGUUAAUUAUAAAGGGGAUUGUUUCUUCUAUUAUAGUGUAUGUUUAUCUUUAAAAUUCACCAGCAUUCUGUGUUGCAGCUCUUCUCUGUUUGUAUUGAGUCAUCUGACAGUCCUCCUCCCAAACAGUAUACACUGUUCUGCACUGCUUCGAUUAUUCACGUCUGUCUUUUCCUUCUUUUCGUGUGUGCGUGCGUGCGUGCGUGCGUGCGCUUCCUUCUUGUUGGCUUGCUUGUGUGUGUGUGUGUGUGUGUGUGUGUGUGUGUGUGAGAAAAUAGUGCUGGAUCCAUUCUUUAGUUUUAGUUUGUGACUAUGUUUGGACUUGAGAUGGGUGGCAGAGUGAGUGGAUGAGAUGAAAGUUUACAUAGUCCUAAGAUAGCACAUUUAUCUGAAGAGAAAUUGUCAAAAUUAAGUUGGUUUUUUUUUUCCUCCUGUAACUAUAAUUAAGCAUUUGUAUGAUUAAAUUAACACUGAAACAAUGA